AUGGAUUUGAAUCAACAAUCAAUUGAUAAUUGUAUCAAAUCUGAAAACAUUGAUGAUUUGUUUAACUUACCGCCUUCAACUCCUUUGAUUCCAACUUCACUUGAUGAUUUACCUGAUGAUCUAUUAGAACGAAUCAUAUAUAUUAAUUAUCGUCAAUCAGGAAAUUCAGUUAGUUCAAUCCUUCCUAUCCUAUACACCAAUAAGAGGAUGUAUAAUAGUUUCCAUUUCCUAGUUUAUAAAUUAACUAUUCCCUUGGUUUUAAGUAAUGAAAUUAUCAAUAAAGGUGGAUGGUUUAAUCCAUUCAUCCCAUCAAGGAAAAGAAAGAAGGAAAAGGUAAAUAAACUUCAUUAUGAUGAAUUGGAAUCGCUUCAAAUGAAUCCGUUUGAUUGUGCAAGUAUCAAACAUUUAGUGAUUGAAUAUAAUUAUCGACAAUCAUUUUCCCAAAGUUUUUAUGAUCUGACAAAAUCAUCACGAGUUUUUGAUCAAUUAUUAAAUCUGAUGUUACUGAAAUUAAUCUAUUUGAAUUCAAUUGAAUUAGAUAUCACUGAUAUUUAUGGAUUAAGGAUUUUAAAUUAUAUUCAAGAAAAUUGUUCAUCACUUGAUCAUUUAUAUUUAACUAUUCAUGAUUAUAAAUAUUCUAAAUUUAAUAAAGUUGAACUUUAUAAAGAUCUUAUCACUAGUUAUAAUCAAAUUGUCAAUAAUAAUAAAGAUAAAAAGUCUUUUAAAUUAAAAACUUUUUCAUUAAGAUCACCUAAUGGUCCCAUAUUAAGUUCAACUGUUCAUACUUCUUUAUUAAUAGCAGGAGGAUUUGAAAUGACUCCUCAAUUAAUUAAUCAAUAUUAUAAAUCUCCAUUGGUUAGAAGUUUUGAAGGUUUCUUAAAUAAUCAUUCAAAAGCAGGAUUAGUAUCAUUAGGAAAGUAUCUUUAUCAAUUCAUUGAUGCCAAUAGAAAUCAUUUAACUAAAUUAGAAUUGUUAGGGUUUGAUUUAUAUAUACUAUUUAGUUCAAUUCUUGAACCAGAUGGAUUAAAUUCAUUACCAGCUUUUUCAUUCCCCAAUUUAAAAUUGAUUCAUGUUAAUGAUGCUUCAUAUCUUAGAAUAAGUCAUUGGUUAUUUAAAUUUAAUCUGAAAUUUCCUAUGGCUAUACUUUAUCAUAGUCAUUUUUCAGGUAAAUUAUCCAUUAUUCAUCUUCAACCUUUACAUCCUAUUGAUAAGACUAGAACUUGUGCAAUUUGGCAGACUAAUGAACAAGUGUCUUAUUCUAUUAAAGGAACUACUAGAAGAUAUUUAGCUCAAGUGGAACCCAUUAAUCCAUUAGUUACUUAG